AUGGCUGCAAACGGGACAAAAGAAUUUUACGCUUUUCAGCAGCAUGUCGCAAACAAAUUCGGCGUAUCUACAGCCUCUUACAAUGACAUUUGGCGAUGGAGUGUCGACCACCCCAGUGCUUUCUGGGAGGAGAUCUGGCAUUACACAGGUAUCAAGGCCAACAAGCAGUAUGACUCUGUGCUGGAUGAAUCGGCUCCAAUGUUUCCCAAGCCUGCCUUCUUCCCUGGUUGCGAAUUGAACUUCGCUGAGAACCUGCUGUUCCCUCGCUCGAACCCCCCUGAUGAUGCUUUUGCUAUUAUCGCGGCCACAGAGAACACGCGUGAGCGGGUGACAUGGUCGGAGCUGCGAGAACGGGUGCGCAAGUGUGCUGCGGCAAUGGAGAGACAUGGGCUCAAAAAGGGAGACAGAGUUGCAGGUUAUCUGGCCAACCACUCCAACUCGGUGGUUGCUAUGCUAGCGGCGACCUCUCUGGGUGCAAUAUGGUCGGGCGUCAGUCCAGACACAGGCGUACACGCCGUUCUCGACAGACUCCGCCAAAUUGAACCAGUGAUUCUGUUUGCCGACAAUGCGGUCACGUACAACGGAAAGAUCCAUGAAACACAUGCCAAAGUAUCGCAGGUCAUUUCAGAGUUACCGUCACUUAAGAACUUGGUUAUUUUCGAAACCGUUCCCGGCCACCUAUUUGACAUCACGUCUAUAAACGGAAACCCAGACAAGGUCGUCGAAACAUAUUCCUCCUUCUGGGCCAAGGGUGAUGCAUCACGACCACUCCGCUUUACUUACCUUUCUCCGGACCAUCCUGUUUAUAUCCUGUACUCCUCCGGCACCACUGGUGUCCCCAAGCCGAUUGUCCAUGCAUCACUGGGGACUCUACUGCAACACAAGAAGGAACACCAGAUCCAUUGUGAUGUCAAACCACUCGAGAAGGUGUUCUACUUUUCUACGGUGACCUGGAUGAUGUGGCACUGGCUUGUAUCAGGCUUGGCGAGCGGAGCCACUAUAGUGCUGUACGACGGCUCUCCAUUUCAUCCGCACAAGGAGAUGAGCAUGCCACUUCUGAUUGAUGAGCUUGAAAUCAACCACUUUGGCACUUCCGCCAAAUAUCUGUCCGUCUUGGAACAGUCUCAGACUCUACCUAGAGAGGCAUCUCCCCAAAGCGCCACGCUCAAGUCUCUGAAGUCUAUCUUCUCUACUGGCUCACCCCUGGCGCCCAGUACUUUCGAAUACGUCUACAAGAAUUUAUCUCCUCCAGCCCCUCAUCCAGGAAUACUUCUUGGUUCUAUAACAGGAGGAACAGACAUAAUUUCUCUGUUCGGCGCUCCUUGUCCAGUGUUGCCGGUGCACUCUGGCGAAAUCCAAUGUCGUGGUCUCGGUAUGGCGAUCAGGGCUUUCUCCGCAGAUGGCCAAGAUAUAACAUCGACGGGCCAAGCAGGAGAGCUCGUCUGCACUGUCCCGUUCCCUUGCCAACCUUGCAUGUUCUGGCCGCCUGGCCCGAGCGGCGAAAAGCGAUAUAAGUCGUCAUAUUUUGAAGUGUUUACUGAUCCCAAAACAGGCCAUCCGAUCUGGCACCACGGCGAUUUUGUACGCUUCAACCCAUCGACAGGUGGCAUCUGGAUGCUGGGCAGAUCCGACGGCGUACUCAAUCCGAUGGGUGUCCGUUUCGGCUCCAGCGAGAUCUACAACGUCCUUCUCAAGCAUUUCAGUACAGAAGUGGAAGAUGCGCUAUGCAUCGGGCGAAAGCGCGAGCAAGACACGGAUGAAGUUGUCGUGCUAUUUCUCAAAAUGUCUAAAGGCCAGUCCUUUUCACAGGACUUGGUACAAAAUAUCCAAACCAUGAUACGGAAGGAGUUGAGUGCGCGUCAUGUACCGAAGAUCGUGGACGAGUGUCCUGAUAUCCCGGUCACAACAAAUGGCAAGAAAGUCGAGGGCGUCGUCAAGCAAAUUUUGAGUGGUAUGCACAUCAAGACAAGUGCAAGUGUGGCGAACAGUGGCUGUUUGGAUUGGUACCGGGAAUGGGCAAAAACACAUUAG